UGUUAUGGGAGUCGUGUCCGUGUGCAGUCGCUGAAAUUCGGUUAGUCACUUGGUCCAUUCGAAGCGGCGCAGGUCUCUUUUCAUCUCGUGGCUGCCGUCUAUCACUCGUGCGCGCGUAUAACACGAUAAAAAGUCCUAAGUCAGCUUUGCUGCUCGCCGCAUAGUUAGACUCUCGUUACAGUUCGUCAAUAUAGUUUGUGCUCUACUGCGCUCAACUCUCGAAUAUCUUCACACGAUUCUUCGUGUACGCGAUAUACAUAGGACUGCGAGUGCUCUGUGCCUCUGUGUGCGCGUGCAUGUGUGUGUAUGUGAAUGCUCGUAACGUUCUAUGCGCUGCUUCCUGCACCAUCGCCCGUCGAGGUUCGAGGAGUUAAUACAUUUGUCGGAGUGUCGUUCAACAUGACCUUAUAUCUUUGAUUUCACUGUGGUUUCGGGAGAUUCAAUAACAUCGGAUAAACAUGGCCAACGAAGUGGAAAUCAACAAAUUCGUGGAAAGUCCUGUGGUUGCAUGGCUGAUCACAUGCCUCGAUGACCCGACUAUUUUACUUAGCUACAAUGAUAUAAUUGAUGGUGUGCUUCUACAUAAUGUAUUUUUGCAAGUCGAUCCUGAGGCAUUGUAUGAUGGAGUUCAACAUUCAUGUGGAGACAUUAAAAUUCGUACUCGAAAUUUAGAAAUAGUUCUAAAUAAUAUAAGGCAAUAUUAUCAUUGUCAAUUAAAACAGUUAGUAAUGGUCAGUCCUAACAUUUAUAAAUUGGCCAAGGAACCAGAAAAAAAUGUUAAUGAAGCAAGAAUGUUAUUGAUUUUAUUAUUGGGAGCUGCAGCUCAAUGUCCACACAACCAUCAAUUCAUUGAUCGAAUACAGGAUAUAAGGCAUGAAAAUGUUCAAAUGGGAAUUGCAGAUUGCAUCAAAGAAGUGACAAAUGGUACUGGUAUAGUAAUUAAACCAGAAGUCAUGGAUAACGUAAAUUUGGGUGCAGUUUUUACAAAUAUGCAGAAUAUUUUAAAAGAAAGAGAUGAGUAUCUUGCAGAGCUGCAAGAAAUCAAAGCUCUUACCGUUGGUAAUGACUUUGAGAUGUCUAUUUUAGAUAAAUCUGUAGACACCAGUGUGCAGGACUCAAGUUCAACUCUUAAUAGAAGUUCUUCAUCUUUCAAAAAUUCUUUGAAUUUAUCUACUGUAAAAGACGAUAGUGCAUUCAACUUAGCUACCAAAUAUCAAGAUACAUCUAGAGAAGAUUCACAUAUUGCUCUAGAGCUAGUUGAGUUGAAAACUAAAAUAAGAAAACAACGACAAGAAAUAGAAGAAAAAACAGAACAGAUUGCAGAAUGUAAAACAGAAAUAACAAGUCGCGAAGAAAUGAUUAUAAAAUUACGUGAACAAAAUCAGGAAUUGAAAAUGGCAGCUCGCAAAGGUAAGUCAUAUCAAGAUGAGCUUGAUGCAGCCAUGGAAAAAGUAUCCCAAGUGGACAAACUUGAAGUGGAGAUGUCAAAAUUUAAAGAUAUAGAUUCAGAACUUGAUUUUUACAAACGCCGAGUCAAUGAGUUACGAGAUGACAAUCGUUUGCUCACAGAAGGUCGUGCGAUUUUGGAUGAAAAACUUGCAGCUCUGCAAAAACAAGUUAGCGUGGUGACAAAGCUUGAACAAGAAAUUGAGGAUUAUAAAGCCAAGAUGCAGGAAACGCACCACGAGCGAAUGAUCGAAAAAGUUCGUUAUCAAGAGUUGUACGAAGAGAAAGAGCAGCUAUUGAAUAUCAUUAAAAGUAAAUCGCCGAUGCAGGAAAUCCAAGCUAAAAUAGAAGUUGACGAGAUGAGCAUGGAACUCGAUCCAAACAGUUUCGACAACAUCAAACCAACUGACAAUAGAUUAUCAGACGAGUUAGAGCGUAGCGCUCAGAGUCAAGUUCUGAGGCUCGAAUUGGAAAAUACGAAGCUCCGUCAUGCUAUGGAUUUGAUCAAGGAUCAGCAGUACGGAGAAUACAAAACGAAGCUGUCGGAACUGAAUCAUGCCAAUCUUGAGCUACGACUGUGCGUCAAACAAUUGGAAGUAGCAAAAGAGAAGCUCGAGAACGAGAAAAAGACACUGCAGAGCACCAUUGAUUCCGGUAACAAGCGAUGCGAGAAACUCGAGUCCAACGCCAAGAGUCAACUUGCUAAAAUUGACUCUCUUCAGCAAGAAAUAGAGAAUCUGCGCCAGAGAAUGAUGGAAAUCAAUGCCAGUAACGAAGAAAAGCUGGAACGAGAGCGUCAGUAUGCGAAAAACAUGAUUGCCAUUUCGGAACGUCGUGCCGAGGAAACGGAAAAUCUGUACAAAGACGAAAUGGCCAAUCUUGCUCGCUUGACCACGGAAAAUCAGACGCAGCAGGAGCGAAUUUUAUCUCUCGAACGCUCGGCAGAGGCAAGUCACAACGAGCUGUUGAAGAUCCGAGAUCAGUUCAGCGACAAGGAGCGUCUCAUCGACGAGGCCAACAUGACCAUCAAAGAUCUUGAGCGUAAAUUAAGCAUGGCUCAUUCGCGCAUCGCCACCUUCGACGUGCAACUGGUUCGACUGGCCGAGCUCGAAACUAUCCGGAAAGAGCUCGACGCCAAGGCUGCGGUAGAUCGCGAGACCUUGGAAACUUUACAAGCCGACUUGAUCGCGGAAAAACUCGCCGUCAAGCGCGCCAACGAACGCCUGGCCCAGCUGGCUGAAAGCCAGCCAAACUCGAACGAGUCGGACUUCGCCGCUGCCGACGAGGAACGCGCUCGUCUCCAAGUGACGGUUUCGCGGCUAGAGAGCGAAAUCCACACGAUGACGAGUCAGCAAGCCGAGACGCAGGCGGCCAAUCGCGAGCUGGAGGCACGCUGCCAACGCCUCGAGACAGAGCUCGCCGCCUUGGAGAAGGCCCGCGACGAGCUGGUGACGGAUCAGCGUCGACUUCAAACGUUGCACGAUCAGCUCGGCUCGGAAUACGAAGAUCUGGAGAAAGAGCGGGAGAGUAUGCGUGCGUCGUUGCGCGAUGUCAGACAGGACGUCAGGCAGCUCAGGCAGAAGCUCGACCAAGCCGAAGCCAAAGUCCUCCAGGUACAGAGAGAGAAAGACAAGACUGUGGCCAAUGCCACGAGCUUGGCGAAUCUGCGUCUCGAGCAUUCCAAGUUGAGAGACGAUUUCCGAUUUCUUUACAAAACUGCGGAAGGAGUCAAAGAACAAAAUCGCGCGCUUUUGCUUGAAAAUCACAAACUUCGUUCCGAGUGCUCGGCGAAGGGUAUGCGAGUGGCCGAACUUCAGGGCGAUCUUAGCGUCAACGAGCAGCGCUUGAGCAGACUCGAGGCGGACAAGAGCAAAUUGGUGGAGCGCUUGGAUAUGAUGACGCACACGAACAAUGUUUUGGAGUCGGAUCGUCGCAGUCUAAUGGAUCAAGUGACCCUGGUAUUCACGCAAUAUCACGAACUGUUGCAACAUUCGCUCGAAGAUAGGGAGCAACACUACAUGGAAGAAAAGAUCUACACCGAUAAAGUGAACCACCUGCAUCGACAAAAAGAAAAGCUGGAAGAGAAGAUCAUGGACUAUUAUCGUAAAACCGAAAACGCAAACAAGAAAAAAGGCCUGGGAGCCAGUUUCGUUCGAAAAGUGCGCAAAGGACUGUUCGGUCGUGCCAGUUCUUCCAGGCGGGCUUCGUGGACCGGUGACAGCUUGAACAGGUGCGAGACACCUCCGAACAGUACCUGCGAUUUGGAGGAGCGCAAAGCCACACCCGUCCAUUCGAGGUCGUCCAGUAACGAGUUCGACGAUUUACCAGCUGGCAUUUACGAGCCUGGACUAUCGUUACCAGGUACCAGACGAGGUGUGUACUACAACGACGUGUCUCCGCCCUCGUUGAGCCACAGCACGCCGAAUCGUAGCCCACCGACGAUCCAUAGUCCAGAACCCAGCCCCCCAGAGUCCGACAGCGAGAGAAAGGAUCCUCAAUCUAUCAUAGUUUUCAACAAAGUCUCCGCUGUCAUCAACGAGACCACUAGCUCGAACGUAGUGGCUCAGCAAUCAACGUCUGAGCCACCACCCAAGACUAGCGACAACGAAGCGUCUAACGACAAAGACGAAAAAUUGCCUAGUUCCAUUUGGUACGAAUACGGUUGCGUAUAAAAAAAAACCGACGCUUGUUUUACGAAUUUACUGUACAGAACUGAUUUAUUCUUAUUAACGUUAGUGUUUUGACUAUCGAGUAUUUACAUUUUCACAUAUUUAAUCUCAAACGCCUUCGAAUAGAUUUUAAGAUACGUUGCCUUACACUUAAAAGUAACAACGAAAUGUUACGGAGAUUUGCUUGUGCAUAAUUUUUAAUUUUUUUACCAGUGCUUGUCAAACAUUAAGCGUACAAAAUGUUAAUGUACUUGCCAGCCUUUAGGUCAGAUCAAAAUAUAUUCCGAUUGCGGACUGAAAACUCGUAUCCGUACGUUUUUUAACAAUUCCGUCGUAUUGUUAUUGUUCCUAGUAUUAAUAAUUGACAACUAUUUUUUGAUAGGCUACAAUUUUUAUAAAUAUUUUUAUAAAGAGUUAUAAAUACGCGCAUUUUUAGUAAGCAUUUAUACGUAUGGUUGUAACGUUAUUGACAAUUUAACGUAAAAUGCUUAAGAUGCCUUUGUAUAAACAAAACUUUUUUAGAUUGAUAAUCGUGUGCUUUAAUUUGGCGAUUGUUUUUAUAGAUACUGAUCUGAAUGCAUAUAAAUAAUAUGCAGUAUUGAGCUAUUGUAUAAUGUCAUAUUAUAUUCACU